GGCCACACUGACCUGCCCAGUUGUUUUUUCACGACAACAUUUACGCUCUUUGGAAAAGGAAACCUUUUUUCGCGAAUUUCAAGCAGAUCCCGACCAGAAACACACCUGCCCCAGGAUGUUGGCCCUCAUCAACAGGAUCCUCGAGUGGUUCAAGAGCAUCUUCUGGAAAGAGGAGAUGGAACUCACGCUAGUGGGGCUGCAGUUCUCCGGGAAGACGACGUUCGUCAAUGUUAUUGCAUCCGGCCAAUUCGCUGAGGACAUGAUACCCACAGUUGGAUUCAACAUGCGCAAGAUCACCAGAGGCAAUGUGACUAUCAAGGUGUGGGACAUCGGAGGCCAACCUCGAUUCCGAUCCAUGUGGGAGCGCUAUUGUCGCGGCGUUAAUGCGAUUGUCUACAUGGUGGACGCAGCCGAUCUGGACAAAUUAGAGGCCUCGAGGAACGAGCUGCACUCACUGUUGGACAAACCGCAGCUCGCCGGCAUUCCAGUUCUCGUGCUGGGCAAUAAACGAGAUCUUCCAGGCGCUCUCGAUGAAACCGGACUCAUCGAACGAAUGAAUCUAUCGAGCAUACAGGACCGUGAAAUCUGCUGUUAUAGUAUUUCCUGCAAGGAGAAGGACAACAUUGACAUCACGCUGCAGUGGUUAAUUCAACAUUCGAAAAGCCAAAGUCGUUAGAUAACGAACACCGACAUACACACAACUCCGUACCCUCUACACUCACACACUUAGGCACUAUAUCUCACACAUAUUUUAAUUUUAUUGUUUUUGUAUUCAUUAUAUAUUUUACAUUUCGCUUAUAUGCUUCGAUGCGGAUUAUUUUCAACUGGAAUUUUUGCUUAGCGAAAACUGGAAUGCGAAAGCAGCGGAAAAGCAUAAAUUAUAAAGACGUUUUAAACUAUAAAUAUAUAUUAAAACAAUAUGAAUGUAAAUUCAAUUAAGCAAGUGAAAGCCAUAGUUAAAGAAAUUCCAUGAUUGAUUGUAAAAUAUGCAAAAAAAAAAUUGUUGAGGUUUUCUAGCUGCAGCCAAAAAACCGAAUUGCGAUUCUUAAGCCUUGUCACGCUUUUCCUAUACUCAUUAACAUUCACCUAGUUAAUUAUGAUAAUUUAUAUGAAACAGCAAUGCAAAUUAUAAACUACAAUAACCAAAUUUUGAAAACUGAUAACGAGCAAGGCAUACAAACAACAGCAAUAAAACGAAAAAUAAAUGAAAAACCAAUAAAGACAAAUUAUAAAAACAUUACAAAACCCCAAGUGAGUCUCAUAAAUUACAAAUAACUGAGAUUGCGGCGAUUGAAAGCAUCAAAUAUUCCAAACACUUGUUCGAAUGUAAUUUAUAGAGUCAAGACGACCAGCAUUAGUCGGCCACCCAAAUGCAGACGUUGCAGGCUAACAAUUGAUAGAUGCAGACAGCCCUAUGAACGCAUAAAUAUUGGAAAACGAGGUGCCAUGGCCCUUGGCUAAUUAGAAAUUCUGUGUGCAGAAUCAAGUCACUGCUACCGGAGGAUAGCCACGGAGGAGGGGAGCAGGUGGACAAGGGCUCCGACUUCCAGGAAUACGCGUCAAGCACGAGCCGUGCGAUUGAGUGAGUCAUGCUCAAAUGCUUGCAUGCCCCAUGUCUCUGUAGCUUCCUGCUUCCUUUGGAAGUCCGAAUACGUAGCAAUCUUCCUGCCGCACACAUUGCGCGUUCGUUUCCUAAGUCUUUCGUUUUGUCGCUCGCCUCAUAUUUCAAAUUGCGUUAAUUACACUUUUAAAUGCGGGGUAUUAACAGGGCCAGCGAUAAGCAUCUCGCUUCGCAGCCAUUUGCCACAAGCCAAACAUUCGGCCACAACUCGAGGCGAAUCUCCGAAAAAAAAAGAAAAAUAUACCGCUAACGAUGUGCUCGUAAAUUUUCAUACCAAAAC